AUGUCAGAUAACGGAACGCAUUUCAACGAGACUUUUUUCGAAGGGCAAGAGAAGCCUGAAAUCAAGGUGGUCAGCGUUUACACACCGUUAGUUUAUGUUUCGAUCUUGGUAAUAUCUUUAAUGAUCUUUGCAUCCAAGUAUAGGAGGAGUCAAGUCAAGAAACUAGCUGAAUUACCAAGCAUUUUUGAUGAACAUGAAGCCCGUGAUUUAUAUUUUGCAAUUGCAGAAUUAGCUGAAACAGAACAACUUCACCCUAAGGUGGUUAAAGCUGCUCUGUUGAACCGUGGUGCAGAAGCUGUAAGACGUACCAUUAAAUUAAGAGAGGUCGCCGUUCAAAUUGAGAUCUUGUAUAAGAAUGGGUCCGUUGAUGAUAAGUAUUGGCAAAGGUACCAAAACGAAAUGAAAUUGGUUGAUCUUGAAUUGAAAAGUUGCAUCGAAGAAGCAGAAAGAUUACAACCAGAUUGGCCCCAAGCAUUUGUGAAUCUAUGUAGAGAAAUCUGUUUCAACCAAGCUUUACAAAGACGUUACGAUUCCAUUUUAGAUAGAAAGAACAUUUUCCAAAAACUAUACCAAUUGAAGUUGGAUGACAACGGUAAACUAAUUCAGUAA